AAUACUUUUAUUCUGAAACAUUGCAUUUACUCAAAUGGAUUUGCGGGAUGUUGGGACCUGGUGUGAGACUGAUAACGCUUUUACAGUCAGCUAACUAUUGAGGAUUUUACCGGACCACAGGUACAACGGCAGUGUCGUGUGAAGAUGUCUUCAUUAGUGGAAUAUGAGGACUCAGAGUCGGAGGAUGAAUCCCUAGAUCAAGCAAGGGCGGGAGCACCAGGUUGUGCCCAAACUGGACCUUCUGAACAAAACCAAGAAGCUGUGGUGUGUAAUAACUCAAAUAUAACACACAACCCUCCAAGUUUUACCCCUGACCGUGACCGGACAGUGUUGAAAUAUCAUGGAAAUACCUCAGAAAGAAGCAAUUCCUCAUUACGCCCCAUUUCACAGCCACAGAGCUGUUUUGACAGGGAGAUACAUUAUUGUAGUAGCAGGACAGCAAAAGAUAGGCAUUUUAGAGAUACUGCAGCUCCUCUGAGUUUACCUGCGACUCAGGAGAAGAUCUCAACACUGCAGACUGUUUCUCACAUGCCACAAAGCUUUGAUGGCGGGUUGAACCCAGCAAAAAGACACUGCACUGUCCCGUCUGGCAUCAGACCGUACAUUCCCAAGAGACAGAGACUUGCCACUUCAGUAGAGAAAGUGGACUCAAAGUAUCCAUCAGAGAGAAUCCCUUGGAAUCAGACCAGGGAAAGCCAAAUUCUCUCAGAUGUGUCGGCAAGAGUGAAGCCGUAUCUUGCUCAAAAGCCCGGCGCAGCAGGGAUACCGAGGAGGCUUCUGAUGAGCCUGGAAGGCCACCAGGGCCCAGUCAACACAGUGCAGUGGUGUCCUGUGCCUCAUCUCAGUCAUCUGCUGCUGUCUGCCUCCAUGGACAAGACUUUCAAGGUGUGGGAUGGAGCAGAGAGUGGGCGAUGCCUCAGGGUUCACACCUGCCAUUCGGGAGCUGUGCGUGAUGCCUGUUGGACCCCCUGCGGGCGACACCUUCUCACUGGCUCAUUUGACAACACGGCUGUGAUCACAGACGUGGAGACAGGGCAGCAGAUAGUGAAAUUGGACAACCAGUUCAAGGUGAUGUGUGCGGUCCUGCAUCCCAGCAACCCAGAUGUAUUCCUGUGUGGAGGUUACAGUUCACUGGUCAAGGCCUGGGACUUUCGCAGCUGCAAGAUGGUGAAAGUGUACAAAGCAGGAAUACAGCAGACCUUGGACAUCCUGUUUCUGAGAGGUGGUGUGGACUUUAUAACAAGCUCUGACUGUGUGAGCAGAGACUCUGCGGACCGCACCCUUAUCGCCUGGGACUACCAGACCACAGCCAAGGUCUCCAACCAAAUCUAUCAUGAGCGAUACACGUGUCCAAGCCUGGCUCUUCACCCGCUGGAGGAGUCUUUUGUCGCCCAGACCAAUGGGAACUACAUGGCAGUGUUCUCCUCAGAGCAGCCCUAUAGAAUGAACAAGAGGCGGCGAUACGAAGGACACAAGGUGGAGGGAUAUGCAGUGCAGUGUGAGUUUUCUCUGGAUGGAACCAUCCUGGCCUCAGGGAGCGCCACCGGCUCCGCUCACUUCUACGACUACCACAACGCUCGGAUGCUGCACACUCUCCACGCCCACAGCCAGCCCUGUUUGUGUGUGUCUCAGCACCCUGUCCUGCCUGCUACUGCGGCCACCUGCGACUGGGCUGGUGAGAUCAAGGUCUGGCACUGAGGACUGUGAAUGAACAAGUAAAUAUGGAGUGAAAAAAGUUAUAAGAUGUAGCAGGUUUGCCAAGAGAAGACCAUAUUAAACUACAAACUCGAGCUCAUCCAUCUACAAGACUUAAUCCCCCAUAAUCUCUUGGCAUAAGAUAAUAAGAACUUCCAUCUGCUGCCUUUGAAAAACAGUUUUUUCACACUGUGUAUAUUAUGAUGCUUUCAUGUUAUUUUCAAAACCACGCACAUUUAAUUUCCACUGAUAUGAACUCAUACUGGCACAAGAACAGUCACUAUUGUGUAAAUCUUAAUGUAAGCAUGCUAUUCAUAUUUGGCCCAUCUUGCAUUGUUUUAACAUCCUUUCUUUACAAUUCAAAGAGUGAACUGUUGUUAUGAGUUUAAGUGGUAGGCGGUGGGAAAGCAGUCUAGCUGCACACACAAAGCACACAACCGCGAUGCUAGGGACAUCAUCAUCAUCAUCAUCAUCAUCAUCAUCAUCAUUAUUAUGUUCUUGAAGUUUUUGUCAAAACAAAAAGAAAAAAAGUCUUUGGGCAUUUUCUAAUCAGCAGUGUUUUAAAUUGAACACUCUGCACAAACAUCACUUUCCUUUAUGCCUUUUUGUUCUCCCUGGCUCUGAUAUGACAUUUCCUUUCACACUGGCAGCUUCGAGCAUCACAGAGAAACCCAGAGAUCUUAAAACCUAAAAAAAAAAAAAAAAUAGGCUGACACCUGUCAAGGCACUGCCAGGUUCUUCCACAGUCCUGCCACUCAACAAUAGAGAAGUGAAACGCAGACAGAAGCUUGUGAUCUCUAUUCAUUAUUUAGUCGAACAGUCCUUAAAAUACACAUUGCCGUUUGGCGGUGAGGGUAAUGCUAAUGGCUCAAUACUUUUUUCCCUUCUGCCAGCCCCUGUGGUUGUUUAUACUGUGGUUAAUAAUAGCUAAAUUGACAUCGUAAUUGUCUUAAAGGACCACUCAGAGAAUUUCUCACUGGUGAGAACUGCUGCUAUUUUUGGUAGUCGCUGUGUUUUUAUGAUGUUUUAGCUGGCUAGCCAUUCAAGUAGAAGAUCCUAGUUAAGCCUUACCAUCAGACACAGGAGAGAAUGAAACAAGGCCUCAAAAGUGAGAAAAAGACAAAAGAAUAAACUUUGAACCCAUCAAUGGCAGAAACCAAGGGUGAACUUUGGAGGGGCUUCUCAGGAAAGAAAUGGAAGAUGGACUUCAUUGAUUGGUAAGUGUUAAUUUUUAACAAACCACAGGUCAUUCCAUUAACUAUUAUGGUAAUAAGUAUCAGUUAAGUGCACAAACAGUGUUAUAUUGGCUGAAAAAGAGUCUAAGGAAAAAUCUUGUAGGAAAAUCCAUCGGAAAAUCCCUUCUGACAACUCCUGCCCACUCAUCUAAAAGUAUGGCAGUUUAGGAAAAAUCUUCUUUGUGUCACCAGAUAAAAAAAAACCCUUGAAAUAAAAAUAACUCAUUAGAAGUUUUUUUGAAAAUGAAUAAAAAGAGUUGGAUCAUGACAGAAGACAGGCAUAAAAAACUCCAAACAAAAAACAUGUGUAAGUCUGCAAUUAUUUCCCAACACCCAUCUUUAUUAAUUAAAUAAACAUACAGCAAAAAUAUAUAACCAUGCAUCAGACAGACAAAUAUGUUGACAUUUAAACAGAUGGCCUGUUGUUCGUGGAACAGGGCUGGAGGUAGGAUGGGAAAGAAUCGCUUCAGCCUUGUUAUUCAGGGUCAAAACAUUCGACAAAUAUAACAUCAACUGAAAACUGGAUAAAAAAUCAUAGUGUAAUAACAAUUGUGUAUGAAGUGUCUAUAUCUCUUUUUAUACAUCAUGUCCACAACAAAAUACCAUAUAUCCUCUCAAUCCCCCCUGUACAGUGUUUAAAUUGAAUUCCAAACCUUUUCAACCCUUUCCAUACCUAUACAGCAUGCCAACUAAUAAUAUGAUUGGAGACUUUUUGUGGCCUGUGUGGUGCAGGUUCACCUUCAUAAACGUGACAAGAUCAAAAAGAAGAGAUGCAGUUUUGAAAUCUUUAUAAACAGCCUUAAGCCAGUUCCCAAAUCUGCAGGAAUGGGAGAGGUAGAAGCAUUGGCCUUAAAAAAAAAAAAAAAAAAAAUCUACGCAUGACUUCUUGAGGGCAAAGCUGAAUUUCUGUUAUUUCGCUUAUCCCUGUCGCCAUUCCUCUCAGAUCUGUAAAGCUACAUAGGCAGGAAGCCUUUCCCCAUCUUUACUAGUAACAUUAGCAAGUGGUAGCAUGAUUGUGGGGCAGCAGGGCAGCCAUUCUGCAACUCUUUAUUUAACAUGAAGUACAGGUAGGCAUGUCUUUGCAACUUUUUAUGUACAUAUAUAUACCGUACACGCUUUUUCUAUUUUCAUAGUGUUUUCCCUAAAAUAGCCUAAUUGAGCAUGCUGGUUUAAACACAAAACACUGACUGUACAUUUUGUUUCAAAUCAGCUUUGUUUAUUACUACCUGUUCAGUUAACUUUCCUAUCCUCCUUUUUGUGCAUACAUUGCAGAUCUGCCAGCUGGCCUGGGGAGUAUUCCAAUUACGCUCUGCUGAAAACUAGAACAACAAGCACUUUUGUUUGUGUUUGUGUAACUAGUGCCAACUGUGUUGAAGAGUCAGGUUUGAAAUUUGGCUGCGUGUGCCGAAUAUCUAGACAGGGAUUAAGCCUUGUCAUCUUUAACUAAAACAAAUUUCAAUGAGAUCUCCACUGAAAAAUACCCCCAGUCUAAGAACAGACUUAAUCCUCCUCCAAGAAACAGGCCGUGUGUGUGUGUGUGUGUGUGUGUGUGUGUGUGUGUGUGUGUGUGUGUGUGUGUGUGU